CGUCGGCUCGCCGUCUUCGGAGCCAAGAACGAUGAAAUCGGACAGAUGGCUUGCUGGAUCUGCCCGGCUCGUUUUGUUGGCAUUAGGUUUUUAUGUUUAGUUAAGAUUACGCACCGGACUUUGCCACUCUAAGUAGGCACCUAACAUACAUGGCGCAUGGGCCCAUCCAUUGGUUAGGUACUAGCACGAGUAGCACCGAGGCUUGGAACUAAUGCGUCCGCUUUCGGCACGGUUCCGCCAAGCUCUCACCACCAGCUUCCAAGUUGGCCCCACAUGUGAACGGCCACGAGUGGUAGCAUUGGUUGUUAGACCGCGCAUAGGAGCCUUCCUGUCAGCCUAUUGUGGUCGUGCUCGCGGCGAACGAGCUACAAAUAUACUCACGUCAAACAAUGAAAGGUCGGCCGCAGCAAUCAACGCCAACACCUACCCUGUCAGCAUUGGCAUGGGCGGAGGACCUGGCGACGGGGCAGGCGACGGGGCAGGAGGUCGCGGCGGUGAUGGUGCUGGCGGCCGCGGUAGCGGCGACGGCGAGGGCGGCAACGGCAAACAACCCCUGCCAACCCCGCUAGCGUGGAUCCCGGGUAUCGCUGUUCUGUCGUACAUUGGCCUGCUAGUCGCCGCAGCGAACGCAUGGGACGCGCUGCUCGAUGCAUCCAUACCCCGACAAGACAUGCGCAACGCCACGGUCAGCGUCAUCAUCCCGGUCCUGAAUGAAGAGCGCAUCAUCGCGGAAACUGUACGACAUGUACUGCAAGACCUUCAACCGCCGCCGUACGAGGUAAUCGUCGUGGACGGCGGCAGUACAGACGGCACUGCGGCGGCGGCGGUCAAGGUGGGGGCCCGGCUGGUCCGCAGCGGGGGCCGGGGUCGGGGGUUGCAAAUGAACGCGGGUGCGGCGGCGGCCCGCGGCGCGGUGCUGCUGUUCUUGCAUGCGGACACGCGGCUGCCCGGCGAUGCGGUAGCGGAGGUGCGCAGCGCGUUGUCUGCUCCUCGCACCGUGCUGGUGGGCUUUCGACCGCUGAUUGAGGACGGCGGACGCCCCAUGUGGGCCAGCAGCCUCAACAACCUGGCCAAGACGUGGUACGGCCCGCUGCUGCUGCGGCCUGCCAGCUUCGUGAGGGGGCUGCGGGUGGUGUUUGGCGACCAGGCGCUCAGCUGCCGGGCUGCCGACCUGCGCCACGCGGGCGGCUACCGGCCCGACAUCCCCUUCAUGGAGGAUGCGGAGCUGUGCCUCCACAUGCACAUGGCGGGGCCGGCGCGGAGGGACCUGCAUGCGGGUCGUGGCCGGGUGCGUAUGCUAAUGCAUCGGGCAGCCACCACCAGCGGCAGACGCAUCGCCGCCUGGGGUGAGCUGCGAGCUAACUGGGUGUUUGCGCGCGUGGCGCUGAUGUGGCUGGCGGGCGCGACACCCGCGCAGCUGCACAGCUGCUACCGGGAGUUGUACCCGGAUGUACGAUAGUGGGUCGGAUGUACGAUAGUGGGUCGGAUGUACGGUAAUGCAUGGAAAUGGAUCAUGGUAAUGUGUACGGUAAUGGGUCAUGGUAAUGGGUCAUGGUAAUGGGUUAUGGUAAUGGAUCAUGGUAAUGUGUACGGUAAUGGGUCAUGGUAAUGGGUCAUGGUAAUGGGUCACGUUGAGUGGUGAUGGUGAUGGUGGUGAUGAUGUUGGCAGUGGUGGGUUACAGGAAUUAAUACUUGCAGCCAUGUGCUGCGCGGGUGGUUGCGUGCAAGUGCUGAGCAUCGGCGACUGAGGCAUUGACUGCUGUGCUUGUUUGAAAAGGUGUGGGGGAAAGCGUAGGGUGGGUGAGCUUGGUUUGCUCUUCGAGCGGAAUACGGAUGUUAGCCUAUGCAGCUGGUGUGUUUUCAAUGAAAGGACUAUACUCGAAUCCCAGAAAGUAAGGACGUGUUGCAGACAUGUGUGCACGUGGUAUGCCUGUUCAAUUGGAUGAAACCGCGUGCUUUUAGCGACUACGCGGUGAUGGGGAGCCACUGCAAAGCUAAUGUGGUC